UGCUCAGAAAAAUAAAAAUUAAUCUUUCAAUUUUGCAAGAGAAAGCUUUCAAUUUGAUCCUAAUUUCAAUAUAAUGACAGAGGAACAAACUGAUUCUGUAUCUCAUCAAUCUUCUACUAAUCAAACUCCACCUGAAGAAACACUCGACAAGAAACUUCAUGUGCCAGGUUUUUCGGGUUUUCCAGAUUACCCAUAUCGGGGUUUUCAGAUGUAUCCAAUUAUGUACCCUGCUCUGGUUCCUGGGUUAACAUCUUUACAUAACCGGGAUCAGAUGAAUGCGAGUGGUGGUGGUGGUGCCGGUAUUUACGCGGUCCCUGUUCCGCCUUUAAUGGGUCCAAUUGCUGGACUUCCGUCGAAUACUCUUAUUCCUCUUACUUACAAUAUACCUACCACUAGGUCAAGCCCUGAUGCUGCGGCAGCUGGUGAUCAUGGGCAAGGGGGACAACAACAACAGAAUCAGCAACAACAGCCUGCACCUCAAAGACAAAUUGUAGUGAGGAGAUUUCAAAUUGCAUUUCAGCUUGAUUUGCUACUUAUACUCAAGCUGGCAGCCGUGAUCUUUUUGUUCAACCAAGAUGGAUCAAGACAAAGACUUGUUGUCCUCGUGUUCUUUGCUUCACUUGUCUAUUUAUACCAAACUGGAGCCCUCACACCAUUAGUGCAGUGGCUCUCACAAAGCAUGCAAAGGGCAGCUCAACCACCCCGUCCACCUAGGCCAGUUGGCAGAGCUGAAAAUGCUCCUCCUGUUGUAAGGCAGAAUGAAAAUGCUGCAUUACCAGAGGGACAAGCUGUGGCUGAUAAUGAAAACCGUCCUCCAGAGGCCGGUGAGAAUGAGAACAUAGUAGAAGGCGGUGGACGUGACGGUGGUAACAACUGGUGGGGAAUUGUGAAGGAAAUUCAAAUGAUUGUAUUUGGCUUUAUCACUUCUCUUCUUCCAGGUUUUCACAACAUAGAUUAGAUGAUGCAAUCAAGCUAGCAAACAACUUAUAGAAGCUGGAAAAAAGUUGGUUUCUGUUGUUUUCUAAUUUCUAUGUUUUCUAAUGUAAAGAGUAUCAUCUUUUUAUUAAGGGUAUUAUUAUCAUAGGUUACACA